AUGGUUGACCCAACUAUGAACGCUAGGCAAGGCUCACCCAUGCGGUGCUGCAACCCGAGAGCAUUCCGGCGGAACGCUUCACCGGUGUUCAGGCAGCAGUUCAUCAGCGAUAACGGCAAGAUGAAGCUCUCGAUGCCAAUGUCGCCGCUGCACUACAUCACGGCAUCUGGGUACUACGCCAACGACCUCAGACUCGCCUCACCGAACGUCCAAAUGGAUGCGCAAAAAUGCCCCCAGCCGGUACCCUACCCGAUGGUUUACGAUCAGCAGCCAAUGCAAAUGGGCUCCAUCGGGGUGGUGGAUGCGUGUUACCCGCAACGAAUGGAAAGCGUUGGCAGCAGGCCGCCCACGCCCAACAUGCAAGUCUUCGUGCAGCAGCCUCAGGAAUACCGACGCGCAUCAGCGCAGUUAGGGGGUGCUCAAAACGUCGUGGUCGAACAGAAGUCCAACGUUAGCCUUGGCCAACCAAGCCAGAGAAUCGAACUAACGGAUAUACUACUUGUUCUGACCCGCAUCGAGAAAAAAGUGGAUCACCUGCAGGAGCUGCACGAGGCCAUGGAAAACGAGAAUAAGGAAAAGAAUGCAAUGUUUAAGCCGAAAUCGGGAGAGCAGACUGCCGCGCAACUGCACGUGCACUGCACUGAGCACUUAGUUCAACAGAUCAAGCCAGCUUCGUUGGAAAAGUUGGGCAGUAAACUAUCAGUUAGCUCGGAAACGCUUUCCAAGAGCAGUUCUGGCAAGUACUCGUCAGAAAGCUUGUGCGACAGGCCGAUGAAGCAAUUGUCGAUGCCAUCCAUAACGCAAGAACUGGCCAACAUCCAAAAACCCGGGAGCAAGGUAUUCGACGUCUCCAAUGAACUGCGCAAAUCGAACGACAUGUUGGAGCAAUUCCUGGCCACUGCGGGGGCGAUAGGCGAUGUAGACGAUCAGGAAGGAGCCUUGCAACACGAGAACCUGCAACUCUCACAAGCGAUGAAGCACAUAGAAGCAGGCCAACACCCAACGCAGGAGAUAUGCGAUCAAGAAGGCGACGAUCAGUCGAAAUCGGAGACUAUAGAGAGUUACAGUGCUGCCAAGCCCAUCGUCUCCACCGUUUCCAUGAUCAUGGAAGACCAGGCAAAAGAUUCCAUAGAAAAUCUCGAGAAAAGGUUCCACAUGCUCAUUAAAACAUUGGAACACAACAGAGGUGACAACGCCCGGAUGAACGGCCAGACGGGUGCAUUGGAAGGGCGAAAGGAAAAUGCUAUUGAGGGCGCUAAACAGCCUGCAUUGACUGCCCAGCAACUUCAGGCAAUCGCGGCUGGAGGUUUCGACGCUGAAGGCGGUUUCAAUAUGGGCGAAAUCGCCCUUAGGGGAAUCAUUGGCGAACUAGCUACGCGCGAAGCGGAAGCCCGUACCGGAUCAGAAUUACAAACACGAAAUAUACAAUUGCCAGCAGUCAUUCCAACUGAAAACACGGCGCUGACUCUACAAAGCCAACAAGCUGUAGCCCCAGUGGUGCCUCAGGAUAUGGGAUUUUCACUCAACGAACACAUGAAAAGUAUUAGCACCGAGCACCGAGAGGAACUGCAGCAGGCCGAACAAGCGUUGAGAACUCAGGUCUCAAAUAAUAGCAGAAGUGGCACGGAAGAAGAAAAUCUAGUUGCAAAAUCGUCGAAUGGAGAAAUGGAUUCACAAAACCUUACAUGUUCCAUGUUAACGGAGGACUAUAGUCGGCAAUAUUCCUUGGAACACGCAGAUUCGAUAAGGGAUCUCAACACCUAA